AUGAAAAAAUUAAAUGUACAAGAUAAUAAGGAUAGUGAAAGAAUAUUCACAUCCUCUAUAGAUGCAUUGAAGGUUAUGUACAGUCAAAAGAUAAAACCGUUGGAGACUCUAACAAAGUUUGGGGAAUUUCAUUCACCUUCUCUGACCGAUAGUGAUAUAGAAGCAAAGCCAAUGGUGUUGCUGCUGGGACAAUACUCUACAGGAAAGACUACAUUCGUUCAAUAUCUAAUUGAGAGAGACUUCCCAGGAAGUAAUAUUGGUCCUGAACCAACUACAGAUAGAUUCAAUGCUGUUAUGUAUGGACCUGAUGACAGAGUGAUCCCAGGUAAUACAGCUGCAGUUCAAGAAGAUAAACCAUUCAAAGGAUUAUCUAGAUUCGGUACAGGUUUUAUGAGUAAAUUUCAAUGUUCAUUGUGUCCAGCACCAUUGUUGGAUAAGAUUAGUUUUAUAGAUACACCGGGUGUUCUGAGUGGUGAGAAACAGAGAAUAGGAAGAUCUUAUGAUUUUCCAAGUAUUGUAUCAUGGUUUGCAGAGAGAUCCGAUAUGAUUUUGUUGUUGUUCGACGCACACAAGUUGGAUAUCAGUGACGAGUUCAAAUCGGCAAUUGAGUGUCUUCGUGGCUACGACGACAAGAUAAAGAUAGUUUUGAAUAAAGCCGACAAGGUAAGUGCACAGCAAUUGCUACGUGUAUACGGUGCAUUGAUGUGGUCGCUCGGCAAGGUAAUAAAGACACCAGAGGUGAUGAGAGUGUACUUGGGUUCGUUCUGGAAUGGCACCGGUCUGCAGAAUCCCGACACUGAGAAGCUGUUGCAUUCAGAGAUGGUAGACUUGAUCAAAGAGCUGCUAAUGCUGCCCAAGAACUCGGCGAUUCGUAAGGUCAACGACCUGGUCAAGCGUGCACGUUCCGCCAAAGUACACGCACUCAUCAUUGGACAUCUGCGAAAUGAGAUGCCCAACGUCUUUGGCAAGGAUUCAAAACAGCAAGAGUUGAUAAAGAAUUUGGAUAAGGAGUUCCAAAAGAUCGAGAGAAUGUAUAAUAUUCCGGCAGGUGACUUCCCAGACGUCGAGAAAUACAGAAACAUCUUGAAGGUUCACGAUUUUUCAAAGUUCCCCAAGUUGAAUCCAAAGAUGUUGGACGUGCUCGACGAGGUGUUGGCAGUGGAUUUCCCACAGCUCCUACAGCGUUUCCCAUUGGAUGGUACACACAAGCCAACUCAAUACGAGUUGAAUCCAUUUGCCAUCGACGAAGUCGAAGACACUCUCCGUUGGACAGUGUGGGAGAAUGUCAACAGAGACAACUAUCUAUCGAUUUUCUUUGCAUUGAAUCCAGUGGAUGGAAAAGUCAAUGGUGCCAUAGCAAAACAGCCAUUACAACAAUCAGGUUUACCAAAUGAUAUUUUAGCAAAGAUUUGGAGAUUAUCAGAUAUAGAUAGAGAUGGAAUGUUAGAUUGUGAUGAAUUUAUUUUAGCUAUGCAUUUAAUUAAUUCAAAGAUUGCAGGACAAAAUAUUCCAGAAUCAUUACCACCUACAUUGAUUCCACACACAAAACGUGGAGGUUUUGAUGUUAUGUCUGGUGUUAAAAUCGGAAGAAAAAAGAGUAGUAAAGCCUCUAGUUCUUCCAUUUACAAAGGAAAAUUCAAAUAA